UCGGGUCUGAUGAGAAACCAGGGAAGCAAAAGGAGAACAAUCUCUUCUGCUAUUCCUCAUGUGUUUCACGGGAAUUUGGAACUUCCAUUUCUUUGGCGCUGCUAGAAUUUGAAGACAUAGGACAUGAAAGUUACCUAAGAGUUUACAAAGAUUAUAAAGAAUCCUCACAUUUUCGUCGGCAACAUAUUGUUCCUUCCGGAGGGUAUCAGCUGGAGCCAAAGGGGCAGAAUGAACUGUUCCUUUUUGCUGCCUUUCCUGCUGGGGAUCCCUCUCCUCUGGCCUUACCUUAUGGCCACCGGAAACUCUAAACUCGAGGAAGCUGAGCACCCGGGGGGGUCUCAUUGGAGACUGAAGCGUGACUGGGUAUGGAACCAGUUUUUUGUGCAAGAGGAGAUGAACAGUACUAAUCAUUCCAUUGGCCAGCUGAAAUAUGGGGUAGACAAUGAAAAGAACGAUUACCAGUACAAGCUUUUUGGAGAUGGAGCCGGAAGCACUUUUGUCAUUGAUGAAAAAACAGGAGUCCUAUAUGCGGUACAGAAGCUUGAUCGAGAGGAACGGGACCACUACACGCUGAGGGCCCAGGUGAUAGAUGCCACUACUGGAAGGGCUGUGGGAACCCAGUCUGAAUUCUCCGUCAGAGUCACGGAUAUCAAUGACAAUGAACCAAAGUUCCUAGAUGGACCAUAUGAGGCCAUUGUACCAGAGAUGUCUCCAGAAGAGACGUCCGUCAUCCAGGUGACAGCAAGUGAUGCUGAUGAUCCCUCCACUGGCUACAAUGCUCAUCUCGUGUACAGCUUGCUGCAAGGCCAACCGUAUUUCUCCAUUGAAGCAAAAACAGGCAUUAUAAGAAUAUCUUCUAAAAUGGACAGAGAACUGCAAGAUGAGUAUUGGGUAAUCAUUCAAGCCAAAGACAAGAUCGGCCUGCCUGGAGCACUGUCAGGAACAACGAGCGUAUUAGUUAAACUUUCUGAUGUUAAUGACAAUAAGCCGGUGUUUAAAACAAGUUUAUACCGCAUGAAUGUCUCUGAAUUCGCACCCACUGGUACUUCUAUAGGAAAAAUCAUGGCCUAUGAUAAUGACAUAGGAGAUAAUGCAGAAAUGGAGUACGUCAUUGAAGAUGAUUCACAAACGUUUGAUAUCAUCACUAAUCAUGAGACCCAAGAAGGAAUAGUUGUAUUAAAAAAGAAAGUGGAUUUUGAGCAGCAGAACAACUAUCGCAUUAAAGCAAAAGUUAAAAACCCCCGUGUUGAUGAGCAGCUCCUGAAAUACCACGCUGAAACUUCCACCACGAUCAUUAAGGUCCAGGUGGGAGACGAGGAUGAACCCCCGGUCUUCCACCUCCCGCAUUACGUGUUUGAGAUCUCCGAAGGACGCCCGCGGGGAUCGUGGGUGGGCACCGUCUCGGCCAGAGAUCCAGAUCAGAAGGAAUCUCCUAUCCGGUAUUCUAUACACAUCUCCGGAAGCGGCGAGUUCUGCAUUGAUGACAACGGCACCAUCUUCACAGCCAGCCCUCUCGAUCGAGAGGUGAGUGCGUGGCACAACCUGAGCGUCAGAGCGGCGGAACAGGACAAUGUUGAACAGAUUUCUUCUGUUCCCGUAUAUGUGCAAGUUCUUGAUAUUAAUGAUAAUGCUCCUGAGUUCUCUGACGACUAUAAGACUUAUGUUUGUGAAAAUGCCGGCUCUGGCCAGAUAAUUCAGACCAUCAGUGCAGUGGAUAGAGAUAAAUCCAUAGAAGACCACUAUUUUUCCUUUAAUUUAUCUGUGGAGGACACACAGAACUCUAGUUUUACACUCAUAGAUAACCAAGAUAACACAGCUGUAAUUUUGACUAAUAGAACUGGUUUUAGCCUCCAAGAAGAGCCUGUUUUCUACAUAUCCAUCUUAAUUGCUGACAAUGGACUCCCGUCACUUACAAGUACUAACACCCUUACCAUCCAUGUUUGUGACUGUGGUGACGAUGGCAGUGUGAAGACCUGCAGUGACAAAGACUUCUCCACGAGAUUCAGGACAGAGAUUGCUAUUGUUGUUGCUAUUCUGAUAUGCAUGGUGAUAAUAUGUGGGCUCAUUCUUUUGACCCUCGGCCUAAAACAGCGAAGAAAACAGACUCUGUUUCCGGAGAAAGGUGAAGAUUUCAGAGAGAAUAUCUUCAGAUACGACGACGAAGGGGGAGGGGAAGAUGACACGGAGGCCUUUGACAUUGGGGAGCUGAAGAGCGGCGCGAUCCUGAGGGAACGGAAGCCACGCAAGACCCCGGCCGGCGAGCUGGGCAGCCUGUACAGGCAGUCCCUGCAGGUCGGCCCCGAUAACGCCAUCAUUCGGGAAUUCAUUCUGGAAAAGCUCCGAGAAGCGAACACAGACCCCUGCGCCCCUCCUUUUGACUCCCUCCAGACCUAUGCGUUUGAGGGGACAGGCUCCUUAGCGGAGUCACUGAGCUCUUUAGGAUCAGCGAGCUCCGAUCAGGAUGACAAUUAUGAUUACCUUCACGAACUGGGACCUCGCUUUAAAAGAUUAGCGUGCAUGUUUGGUUCGACUAUGCAGUCAGAUAAUUAGGGCUGGGGCGCGGGUGUUGGAAGGCUGGGCGAAAACCGUGAAGGGCUUAGGCAGAGAAAGGAAUCAGACGCAGACAGCACAACGGCGAUUGCCAAGAGGAAAGAGGGGGUGAGUGGAAAAAGAUGGAAGAGGACAAAAGGGGAUACACGGUGACAGAAGAGAGAGACUUUGGGUGGUGAGCGCACCAUGCAGUGUGCAGAUGAUAUAUUAUAGAGCUGUAUGCUCGAAACCUGUACAGUUUUAUUAAUCAAAGUCACCCCAAUAAAUUCAAUUAAAAUAAAAACGUUAAAAAUGCUGGUAUGUUUGCGGGCAAACUGGUAGUCUCUUGGUAAAGAGUUGUAUGCUCCAGUUCUUGGGGGGGGAACCUGAUCUAUAGUGUUUUCUGAUUUCCCUAGAGGAAAUGCCCAUGGUUAUUUCAAGCCAGCCACGUGCUGUCCGGGCACCUCUGGCCCACCGCUGACUUACUCUCCUAACACUGUUUUC